AUGUCGGGUUCAUGUGGCAGGACACUGCUAUCGCUGCCGCGACCGUCUGCCUCGUCGGCCUCAAUCACUCGAUCGGUCCGCCGAUUCCAUGUCUCCCCCUCUGCCAGAACGACCUUGGCCGCCUUCAAGGUCCCCAACAUCUCCAACGAGCCGAACAAGCACUACGCCAAAGGCUCUCCCGACCGAGAAGCGCUGGCGGCUGCAGUAGCUGAAUUGCAAGCAAAGGUCCCUCUAGAAGUUCCUGUGGUCAUUUCUGGAAAGUCGGUCCAGAACUCCAAUAUCCUCACCCAGCAGAACCCUUCCUCCCACUCGACGACGAUCGCCAAAUUCUCCAACGCGUCUGCUCAGGAUGUUAACAAUGCCAUCGAGGAAGCCCUCGCUGCCAAACCCGCGUGGGAGGCUCUUCCUUUCGCCGAUCGGGCAGCCAUAUUCCUCAAGGCUGCGGAUCUGAUCGGAACAAAAUACCGAUACGAUAUCAUGGCUGCGACCAUGUUGGGACAGGGGAAGAACGCGUGGCAGGCCGAGAUUGAUGCGGCCGCUGAGCUGGCGGACUUCCUGAGGUUCAACGUCAAGUACGCCGAAGAAUUGUAUUCUCAACAGCCACAACACAAUGCGCCGGGCGUCUGGAACAGAGUUGAGUACAGACCAUUGGAAGGCUUUGUCUACGCCAUCUCACCCUUCAACUUUACCGCCAUUGGUGGUAACCUGGCAGGUGCCCCAGCAUUGAUGGGUAACGUGGUGGUCUGGAAGCCCAGUCCCUCGGCCGUCGCCUCGAACUAUCUGGUACACAAGAUCUUCCUGGAAGCCGGUCUUCCUGCAGGCGUCAUCCAGUUUGUUCCUGGCGAUGCUGAAGAGGUCACCAAGGUGGUGCUCUCACACAACCAGUUCGCUGCGCUGCACUACACUGGUUCGACCGCUGUCUUCCGCAAACUGUUUGGCCAAAUUGGUCAGGGCAUUGCCGAGGGCAAGUACAAGGGUUACCCGAGAAUUGUCGGAGAGACGGGCGGAAAGAACUUCCAUCUCAUUCACAAGAGUGCCAAUAUCGAGAACGCUGCCGUGCAGACCGUUCGCGCAGCCUUUGAGUACCAAGGCCAGAAGUGCAGUGCAUGCUCAAGGCUGUAUGUGCCGAAGUCGAUCUGGCCCGAGUUCAAGUCUAGGCUGGUUACAUUGACGGAGAAUCUGAAGAUCGGCCCGCCCGAGGACUUUGGCAACUUCAUUGGGCCGGUCAUUCAUGAGGCCAGCUUCAAGAAGUUGUCCGGGGUGAUUGACGCAGCGAAGAACGACAAGGAUCUUGAGCUGAUCACCGGUGGCAAGUACGAUGACUCCAAGGGCUACUUUGUGCAUCCGACAAUCUACGAGGCCAAGGAUCCGCAACACAAGAACCUCAAAACCGAGUUCUUUGGGCCCAUCUUGACUGUCUACGUGUACGAUGACUCGAAGCCGGAUGCUUUUGAACAAGCCUGCAAGCUGGUUGACAGCACUGGUGACUAUGGUCUAACCGGAGCCGUCUUUGCCCAAGAUCGUUCCAUCGUCAGGUAUGCCGAGGAGACUUUGAGAAAUGCCGCCGGCAACUACUACAUCAACUGCAAGUGCACAGGUGCUGUUGUCGGUCAACAACCUUUCGGCGGUGCCCGAGCAUCGGGUACGAAUGACAAGGCUGGCUCUGCUUCAAUCCUGUCCCGUUUUGUGAGCAUGAGAGCGUUGAAGGAGGAGUCGUUGCCGACGACAAAGGUCGAAUACCCUUCCAACGAUGUAUAA